AUGACUGACAACAAAUGCACGUGUGAUUUCUUGCCAUGUAUUUGCGUAGGUGACGAUGAUUCGGCUGUGGAUUUUUUGAAAGAAACAGGUGAUGAGAAUGUUACCAAGUUUAGUAAAUCCCAAGCGCUAAAGCUCAAGCUACGGCAGCUAUUCGCAUCCGACGCUACGUCGCAGUGUGUAAGCUGCAUGAUGCUGCCGUGUAUUUGUCCUAUGAAAGAUGAGACCACAAGCGGCAAUAAUGCAAGGCCAAGAUCUUCUGAACAUAAGUUAGUAAGUGUCAACGAGGAAACAGACAUAUAUGACCGCGUUCGACUGGAUGCACCUUCGACCAAAUGUAAAGUUCAAGGUGACGGCAUCUUGUGGAUAGCGAAAGAGAUUAAGCCGUUGCUAAAACCUCACCAAAUAGAAGGUGUUUAUUUCUUACACUCUCACCUCGCUGCCAGUCGCGGGUGUAUUCUGGCUGACUACAUGGGGCUCGGAAAGACGUUACAAGUGAUCACGGUUAUUUAUUCCUUCAUAAUUGAUGAAAAUGACGUGCGAACGCAACGCAAUGCAAAUAAUAUGGGUAUUUGUGCAUCAAUUGAAUCCAAGUCGGAAAAAUCACACGAUCAAGACAAACGUGACAACAAUGAGAAAUCACCGGCGACCGUGCUAGUCCUAUGCCCAGCCAUUUGUUUGUCCAACUGGGAGACUGAGUUUCAAAAAUGGUUGGGCACUGAUGCACGUGCGCGCUGUCCAAUUCUCACGUUUGAUACUUCUUCGGUAAAGAGCACCAAUGCGGGCCGACUGCGACUGCUUAGACGCUGGAAGCGCACUGGUGGCGUCAUGUUGAUGGGAUACGAGAUGUUUCGUGGGCUAUUGAAUCCAACAACUUUGCCUGUAAGCUAUGCUUCUGAGCGUGAUGCACCCGUCCGGGUGUGCUCACGUAUGGUUUCCGCUACAAUGGAAAUUACCAGCACUUCUGCACAGGAGACACUCCAGGUGCAGCGUACUGCACGAGAAUAUCAGCAUCUGCUAUGCGCUCCAGGGGCAGAUCUUGUCGUUAUGGAUGAAGGGCAUCGAAUGAAGGACCCAAGCUCGUUGCUGUGUCAGAGCGUGGCUCAAAUUCAAUCUCCUCGACGCUUAGUGCUCACAGGUUAUCCCUUGCAGAACUCGCUUUCCGAGUAUUAUUGCAUGGUCAAUUUUGCGCGGGAAGGUUUUUUGGGCAGCUACGAUAAUUUUCGGGCAAGGUACGAGAGGCCAAUCUUAGAAAGAAAUAGAGCACGUUCAAACGAGCUCAUUGAGCUGCUGCAAAGUGUCGUGCUACGUCGAGGCAAAGCAUUGCUUCGCUCUCAGCUACCGCCCAAAUUGGAGUGGAUUUUGUAUUGCAAGCUUUCUCCAGUACAGCAUCAAUUAUACUGCGAUUUCCUUGACUAUUACAGCGAUGGCAACGGGGUAACUGCUGAUCUUUUGACUGCUUACGCCACACUGCUUCAAGUAAUGAAUCAUCCGGACAUUAUUUAUUCAAAGCUCCAUCCUUUUAAAGACGGUGCAAACGCGCUGCAAAACGAGGAGGAAGACGAAUCUAACAGUACACUGCUCGGUUUAGACGUCUCGAAUGGGUGGGUGUGGGAGAGCGAAGAGCGUUUACAUGAAAAACAGCAGGCUGUUGUAGCGCGAAGGCGUAAGAAGCGACAGAACCUCACGAACAUCCAAAAGUCCUUAGAAUGGGCACGCUCCGCAAUAUUUAAUAAAAUUGGGCAAGAAAUGACAACUUUAUAUCAAGCAGAAAAACCGGAGCACAGUGGUAAAAUGGUCGUGCUCUUAAGCAUUGUUAAACAUAGCAUUCUCUGUGGCGACAAGGUUGUUGUGUUUUCUCAGAGCAUACCUACGCUAAAGGUCAUUUCUACCUUCUUGCGUGCAAGCAACUUUAGUCCAUCACUAGCUGCGGACGACGUAGCAAAGGCGUGCAAGAGUAUGGAAGACGGUACAAUAGUAAAAUUGAUGCGCCGCCGAACUGCUCUGCGCCCAAAUCGCGACCCAGCUGGAAUUUUGCGCAAGCGUCGAAACCAGACAGAAAGUAGCAGCUUGGGUAAGCGUGCGGCUUCUUGUACAAGUACGCCGGUGUCAAGUGUUACUACAAAUGAGUGGUUUUUGCAGAUUGACGGCAGUACUAGUGGUGCCAAACGCAUGGAGUACAUCCAGCGAUUUAGCUCAGCAGAUUCUCCAGUCAAGGUGCUAUUGGUAUCUACGCGCGCUGGUGCUGAGGGCAUUAAUCUUCACGCCGCAAACCGCCUGGUGCUAUUCGACGUUAGCUGGAAUCCUUCAAAUGACCAUCAGUCAAUGUGUCGCUCACAUCGCAUCGGUCAGGCUAAAACUGUGCACGUAUACAGGCUUGUGAGCACAGGCACGAUGGAGCGCAUGAUUUACGAGCAGCAGAAAAAAAAGGUGGAUUUGUCGACUGCCGUGGUGGACAGUCAUGAGUUGGUUGACCAGAAGAAACAUGCAACGGACUUAUUUGGCUGUGCAUCAACGAAUGCUGGUUUAUCAGCAAAGGAUGGAGAAAACUUGGUGCCGUUUAGUGGGUUCCUUCAGCCGCCUUCGAAAGUCGAUUACGACAUGAACUUGAAUGUGGACCAGACUAUUAUUAAAGAAGAUGACGUCUUAGCAUCGUGCGUCAAGCAGCUAGGACACUGGCUCGUAGAUGUUCACCGCGUGCACGAACCCUUGGACGCCGAAAAGUAG